AUGGUCAUUCUCCUUUAAAGCAUUUAGACUUUCCCGAUAUGCGACCAUAUACUUCAAUAUAAUUGGCUGAUAUUCAUUCUGUCACAGAUUAAUCACCUCCACCUCACGGAUCAGCUGCCGACUUUUGAUCUAUCUAGCAUUGAACGAUUCAGUGGGGGAAUUUCUAGCUUGUGCACACUGCAGGAGCGCGUCGGAUUUUGGCAGCCCUCCACGUUGUACAAUACUGUUCCCCUGCGGCGCAUCGCGGAUUUUCUCAGAUCUUCAACACACGGAGCAGUUUGAGACAUUACCUGUUUCUGACUAAAACUCUUAUGACUAGAUUUCGUAGACAUUUUGUGGAUAUUUGCCAUCGAUAAUUUCUAAUUAUUAUUUACUAUUUCAUCACAAUACUUUAUAGGCCGGUACAUACCGACCAAGCGAUGAAGCUAAACCACCAAUAACGACAUCUUUAACAAACACAUUUCAAAUAUCAGUAUUUUCUUCUCAUAGAUACAUCGAAUUGACCUCCAGUCACUGUUUUGGUUUAAAGAAACAGACUUCGCAAGCUCAAACAAUGGCGGAUCCACUUCAUAAUUCAUACCCCAGAUCACCGAUACCUUCUACAUCAUCUUAUGAUUCAUCUUCGGUAUCUUCUGCGACCUCUCCAAGGCCGCAAGGCUUAUAUGAAGGACGAUUGAUGGGAGCUUCGCCACGGCCACUUAGUGGAAACAUUCCUCAUCCUCAGCAUAUAUCUAUGACAUCAGGGCUUCCGCCACCGGGACAAAGUCCCUUCCAUCACAGUUACAGCUCCGCUACUAACUCGCCAGGCGGAAUAGGGAUGGAAUCUGUGGCCUCAAAUGGGUCGUCAAGCGGCACUCCAGGUCCGUCUGUCGGACAGAUGACACCAACCAACAUGCAAGCGCAAAAACGAGCUUAUCGACAGCGGAGAAAGGAUCCCAGUUGUGAUGCUUGUCGGGAGCGUAAAGUCAAAUGUGAUGCGACAGAAACGAGUAGCUGUUCGGAAUGUUCAAGUAGGAAUGUCAAAUGUCAGUUCACUAAAGAGACAAAUAGGCGUAUGUCUUCCAUCAAACAAGUUCAGGAUCUGGAGAAACAGAUUGCUCAAGUCAAGCGCGAAAAUGGUCAAUUAAGAGCUAUGCUCAGUAUGAGAGAGGAUCAAAUGGAUGUUGAUGGUGAUGUUUUGGCUCAGACAUCUGUCUACUUGCCGGAAAUUGGAUCGCAGCCUAAAAAGAGACCAAGAGCACCUCCACCGCACGAUUUGUCGAGAGUACAAUCAAAUAUUGGGAACUACAGCCAUGGAAUCUUCAAAUCUCCAGCCCUCUACCGACAAACAAAAGCACCGGCAGGCUGGGCUUCCCAACCUCCGGAACUACCACCCAAACACAUCGCAGAUCACUUAUUGAGAGCGUAUUAUUCAUCAAUACACCUGGUAACGCCUAUACUGCAUUGGCCCAAUUUCCAGCGCGAAUACGAAGAAGUUUAUAAAAAGGGCACCUUUGAAACAUCAUCCCGGACUUGGUCUGCACUAUUCUUUGCAGUCGUGGCAGUUGGUGUUUUGUUUAGCACCGAGCCCAGUAUUCAGAGACCAUACAAAGGCAAGGAAUACAUAGAAAUAUCUAUAAGUCUUUCGGAUCUCUGGAACGAUGAAUACAGCAUAGAUCAUGCUCGAACAGCUCUUCUUACUAGUAUCUUUCUCUACGAAAUGAAUCUUAAAUCGGCAGCAUGGACAUGGCUAGGGUCAGCUGUCCGUAUUGGUCAAGAUUUGGGGUUCCAUAGCGAGACCGGACCAUGGCAAUUAGUCGAAGAUGAAAUGCGAAGGCGAGUCUGGUGGGGAAUCUACAUUUGGGAUCGUCAAAUGUCACUCGAGCUCGGAAGACCUCUCCUGAUCGAUGACGCAGAUUGCGAUGUUCUUCUCCCCAAUCCCAUCGAUGAGUUUUACUUGCAUCCUAGCUAUCGGUCUCCGCCAGCUCCUCAAAAUGGCGCACCACCUGGUCCAUCUUCAACUUUUCUACUUCCUACCAUCCAUAUAAUGCGCUCAAUAGGACCACUCCUCAAAACUCUCAAAUUACCCAUCGUCCCUCCUUCAACAAUCGCGACCUUAGACACUCAUUUCACAUCCUGCCUCUCACACUUUCCACCUCCAUGCCAAUUCUCUUCCCUCGAACCCCUCGAUUCGAGUAUGUUAACACCGAUCAUCCACCUUCUAAGCGCCCGUCUCUCACUCCAUCGCCACAAUCUCAUCACCACUUCUCCUCCAGAUUUACGCACUAGCGCUAUCGAAUCCUGUAUUCACGAUUCCCUAACCAGCGCAUCCAUAAUCACUCGAUCGGUCCCCAAUUAUCCACCAAAUUCAUUACAAACUCGUUCAUGGGGCCAAACAAUCAGCGCAACCAUUGUCAUGCAUAUAUGGCGUUGUACAUUAUUUUUACUUUUCGGAGGACAAUUCGAAGCAGCUAUGACGUGUAUUAGAGCACAUUCCAAUAUUGGGUAUUCGAGAGAGGUUAAUGUGGCUUGUGGACGAUAUAUUGGAUUUUUCUUGACGGUGUUGAUUGAGAAGAAGAGAGGUUUGUAUUCUGGGGAAAAGGGGAGAGAAAUAGGAUAUUUGGGUCAAAGAGGAGGGAGGUUUGAAAUGGAUGAGGAGGUUUUGGCGUAUUUAAGUGCGGAUUUGCAGGGAAGCGAUGACGCGUGGGUUUGGCAGGGGAGGGAAGUGAUGGGGAUGAGAAGUCCAGCUGUUAGUGGUGUAGGUGGGACAGGAGUACUUAGUCCGAUACUUGGGAGUGGUGGAGAGAGGGAUAGGGAGAUGAGUGGAAUGAGUGGAUUGAGUGGGGAAUUUUUGGUGCUGAGGGAGAAGGAAGCAAUGGAUUGGGGUGGGUGGGAACGAGUGCAAUAUUUGGUGGAUGUUUUGGCUAGGGAAUCUGCUGCGUCGGGACCUGCACCUGGACCUACUGUUGGACAUGGGCAUAUACAAGGAGGUGCAGCAUAUAUUCCCGAAUCUCGAGGUGUGUUUGGAUUAGGAUUGGGUGUAGGUUCGAAUGGAGGUGUAGCACCCAUAGUAGCAGGGGGACCAGUGGGAGCAGCCGGACCUAUAAGAAACCCACAGACAAGUCCACCAGCAAAGCGAGAUGAGCGAAAUCGCGGCAACGAAAGGAUGAGUAUCACCAACAUCAUCUAA